AGGUUAAUUCAGUUCAUUCAGAGAUAUCAUCUCAAGAAAUAUCAACUAAACCUGACUAAACCAAUAUGCUAUUUUUCCGCAAUCUUUUUAUCUUCGCUCUCAUCGUCUUGGUAGCCGUAACACUGCCAGCCGAUGCGGGUAAGAAAAAGGCAAAGAAAGGAGCAGUAGCAGCAUCAGCAGCAGCAUCUGCACCAGUCAGUGACGAUUUACCAGUUGAUGAUGGACCUGUAGACUCCCCAGCUGAAGCAAAAGUUGGUGAUGAAUUGAUGCCAGAAGCUGGAGACGCUGCAGCAGAUGUACCACAACAAGAUGGCGCAGCCCCAAAAGCUAAGAAAGCUAAGAAGGAUAAGGCCCUUAAACCAGGCCAAAAGAGCGGAAAGAACGACAAAAAGAGACAAGAAAAGAAAGCGAAAAAGGAUGCUAAAAAACAAAAGAAAGGAGGAAAAUAAACAUUCCAAUAAUUGAAAUUAUAUAAUAAAAUAAAAUUGUAUAUGCUUAAUAAAAGUACUAAAACAAGUACCAUUUCUACCAAUCGGUAGAUAAAACACGAAAAA